AUGAGUACGAGAGCUUUUACGGACGAAGUCACAUUUAAAUAUCGCGCAUUAUACCUUCCUUCCUUCCUUCCUCCAUUUUUAUUCAUUUCUUUUUUCUUUCUUUCUUUCUUUCUUUCUUUCUUUCUUUCUUUCAAGCUUCUUUUAGUUUACUUUGAUUUCACACUUCGUUUCUUUUUCUUUUUUUUCUGCCUUUCUUUCUCUAUUUUUCUUUCUAUGUGUUCAUUUCAUUCUUUCUUUGUUAGUUUUCUUAUUUCUUUAUCUCUUUCUUUUCAUUCUUUUCUUUUCUUUUCUUUCUUUCUUUUUGUUCGUUUCUUUCUUUCUUUUUUCUUUCUUUCUUUCUUUCUUUCUUUCUUUCUUUCUUUUUCUUUUUUUUUCUUUCUUUUCUUUCUUUCUUUCUUUACGUUCCUAAAUUCAUAUGAUUUCUUUCUUUCUUUGCUUUCAAAAAUUCAUAUUCUUUCUUUCUUUCUUUCUUUCUUUCUUUCUUUCUUUCUUUCUUUCUUUCUUUUGAUUUUCCCCAAAUUCAAAUUCUUCCUCCGUUUCUUUCUUUCUUUCUUUCUUUCUUUCUUUCUUUCUUUCUUUCUUUCUUUCUUUACGUUCCUAAAUUCACAUGAUUUCUUUCUUUCUUUGCUUUUAAAAAUUCAUAUUCUUUCUUUCUUUCUUUCUUUCUUUCUUUCUUUCUUUCUUUUGAUUUUCCCCAAAUUCAAAUUCUUCCUCCGUUUCUUUCUUUCUUUCUUUCUUUCUUUCUUUCUUAACGUGUUAUACUUUCCUUUCUGUUCGUUUCUUUUUUUCUUCUUUCUUUCACCUUCUUCAUUUUCUUCAUGUGGUCUUUCUUUCUUUCUUUCUUUCUUUCUUUCUUUCUUUCUUUCUUUCUUUCUUUUUCAAGCUUCUUUUAGUUGA